CGCGUUCGACUGGAUAACCAAUCAAAAAGGUUCACACCACGGAUUGCCAAAUUGUCUGAAAGUUGGACUGCUGAAAUCAAAGAAUGCUUCACCAACCAAUAUCUCUCCUUCCAUCUCUACUGUUGAUUUGUCAUGUGGCAGCACAACCACCACCAGCACCAGCACCACCAGCACCACCCCAAUACACAAAUCCACUGCCGACAGCGUACAUUCCGGUAGGCGUCGGUUCAAUUCCGGAUCCGGCAAAACUGGAGGAUUUUGGAGUUUUUGGAAAAUAUCUCGGAGACGACGUGAACUACAAAACUUGCGGACAGAAAACUGUGAAAACGCUGAACCCGCAGUUCACAGAUAGUGCUACCGAGGCGACGGUUAUCUGUGAGCCAAGACCAGAUCGUGUAAUUGUGCGUGCCGACGGAGCUGCAUUUGACUAUAAAACGUUUAAGAGAGAUUUGAAGCAGGAGUGUGAGCUCUUCACGUGCUCUGACCAGACAUAUCCGAAGGCUAAGACGAUUCUAGGGACUAUGGACAUUACCGCUUUUGUACCUGGCGACGGUUCUAAUAAUAUGACAGGGAAGGACUCGAAUAAAGAUGUGAAAGAUGUUGACGUGGAAGCUGCAAACCCAGAGAACCCGGAGACCAACAUAUGCAAGGAUAAGAGACCCGGAUAUUCUCAGAAGACCGGAGCAAUUCUGUUUGCAAACGAGGGAAAAUGCUUGGAAAUGCAUAAGUUAGGCCGAGAUAAGUACAGUGAAGAAUACAUUCAAGUUCCAAGAUGGCUUCAACCAGGGGAGAGUGUGAAGAACAUUCGGCCAUUCUUCUUUGAUGGACAGCGUCCCGAGUCGGAAAUGGAUAUUGAAUUUGCAAAUAACAGAAUUAUGUUCAAAACCCCGAAUUCAAUGGAUUCCCUGAACUACAAAGACUGCAACACAGCUUGUGACAGUGGAAAAGUCGUGAAGGUCACCAUGAAAAAAUCUGCUUAUCGAAUUGCACUUGCUCUUGACCCGAAUCAAUGCUCAUCGUUCCGAAUCUGCAUUGCUCCAAAUGACUUUUUGGACGAUGUGAAAGUGCCAGAAUGUAUGCUCGGAAAUCAGAUUGAUGUGAUGUUCAAGACGGGAGUGGUCACUUGGCCCAACAAAGGACGUGCAUCGUUGAUUGAGCUCAUGUCGCCGUACAGUGAUCUGCAGCAUCCGGUUGUCAUUGAGUUUGGGUAUGGAGUUGGAGCAGGAGCAGGAGCGAGUCGUGCAGAGUACUACAUUGGAAAUGACCAUCGAGAGAUUGUGACAAGCAGUUCAAAUGGGUUCAAGGCACAAGACUCUCAACAACUCGUGUUCUUCUUCCCGACCGAGUCUUGCUUGAAGCCAAAGGCUGGUAUUUUCUCUAAACAUAUCGAAUCGGCGAAGGCCCUAACCUCAAAGGAUGUUAUCAAAGGGGGAAGCUAUGAUUCUGAAACAUUGGAACCAGUCCAGGCACCUCAAAACGAAGAACCUCCAACUACCACCACACCAAGAACCGCUGAGAAUUUUGUUCCGACAAGUACGAUGAAAUCACUGGAGCUCAAUCCUCUUACGGUCAUCAUCGAUGCAAAUGAUAAUGGUCCGGGCAGCUCGAAGAGUGAUACGGUUAAGUCGGAGCGAGUGUUUGUGAAAGGAAAAUGGUGGUGGUGGGCCAUAUAUCUCGGCUUUGUCAUUGGAACUUUGAUCACGUUGGCUGUUGGUGGAGGACUGUUUUAUGUGCUCAGACGGACCGUUUUCGGCAUUUGGUACCGCGGAAUGUACAAGCGAUAUGGAUGUGAUCCAUCUGGCACCACUGGCGGUAUCACUGGUAUUGGAUUCGGAAAUACUGUGACUGGAGAUGUGACGGUCCAAGAAACAUCUGGAAAUACUACGGGCGGUGGAACAACUACGAAUACCACUGUGUCUGAGACCUCGACACUUCUUGACAAGACGACCGCUGAGACUAAUAAAUCAAUUGCUAUGUAGAUUUGAUUGAUUUUAUGGAAUAAAGAUUAUUGAAAUUUCAGA